UCGUCAGUGACGGCGAAAAGGACAUUCGGUGUUCCCGCAUUCACACUUGUCCACGUUUUCUAUUUGCGCUGUUUAUUUGGACGAAUGGGGGAAACACGCCAGGACACGGAAGACACAGUUUUGCGUUUCUUCCCCGGACAAGAUAGCCGUGUUUUCAGUGUGAUAUUUGCACCUGUGGAUGAGCUCAGCCCACGUUAUAUAUAGACACUCUUAUGACAGAAAAUGCAGAAUAGCGCUGGGUGGAGCAGCGUCGCGUGAUGCAGGAACCCGGUCGUCAGAAAGCUCGUUGCAGAUGGAUAAAAUACUAAGAGGGAGAAUGCAGUUCCGAAGCGGUUCUCUGUGAGUGUUGUAGGGGAGAUGGGGGAAGCAGAAGGCAUGCCGAGUGCAUCGGAAGACGGACUCUUGACAGCCUGGCGGUGGAACAAAAACGCAAAGGAGCAAGUCCAGUUGAAGCAGAAGAUCAGAGAUCUACCAGGAUUGUUAAAACACGGAUUGCAUUUGAGGAAGAAAAGUGUGGAGGCUUUACCUGACACCACUCCCGGGCCCAGUUCAGGCUUCUCCAAACAGAAGGCCUGCUUAGAAAAUUUCCCUUGCGCCGGACGCGCCUUGAGGAACGCUUUCUUAUCACACGGCCCGUAUCCUGCCAAAGACCGAAUCCAUCUGGCCAGGAUCAUCAGGAGGAGCUAUGUUGGCCUGGAGUUGGUUCAGUGGCUCCUGGAACAGUGUCUCUUUAUACAGUGCAGGAUGAUGGCCACAAAGGUCUGGCAGGUUCUGCUGGAACUGGGCAUCCUGAUGUCAGUGGACCAGCACAUCGUUUUCGAGGACUCCAACACGUACUACCAGUUCUCUUUCGAGGAGUGCGAGUCUCAGGGCUGCGAGUUCCGGAACGAGGCGCAGUGGCAGAACGGGGUGCGUCUGCUCCUGCAGCUGGUGCCCUACGUCCAGUUCCGCGUUGGGAUGGUCACUCCGCCUCAGGACGAGACGCAGGGCCGGGGAGGAGAGAUCAGCACGGAGAUCCUCCAGAUGAAGGCUCUCGAGAGACUGACGUCGACGGUGCAGAAUGAACUGGCCGUGGCACUGGCAAGGAAAGCAAGGAAGUCAAUGGCAGAAGAGGACAGAGCUGAGCCUGAGGAGGCUAGAGAGAAGAAAGCACAGAGUCCCGCCGAAGACAAGCAGGGGGGCGUGUGCACCCUGCACGACAAGGAGGAGAUGACCCGACUCGAGAUGGUCCAGAGGCUCGCCAAGGACGGCUGCCGCUUUCUUCAGACCCAGAACAGCAAGGCCCUGGACCGAGCAGAGCCCCACAGUGUGGAGGCUGUGCGGGUGUGUCUGAAAGAGCGCGGCCAGAACGUGCUGGUUCUCCAGAGGGUGUCGUCAGAGCGGCCGCCCCCCCCUGCCUCAGCCGGGGGCGGGAGGCAGGAGGAGAAAGACAGGAGGUACGUGGUGGUGUCGGGCACGCCUGAGAAGAUUCUGGAGCACCUGCUGAGCGACCUCCGGCUGGACGACGGUCAGGUGACCACGCAGGGAAAGGAGGCGGAGACACUCCUGGAUGACUUCCUGCUGACCUACCUGGUGUUCAUGUCCACAACUGACCUGUGCCAGGCACUGCUGGGACACUAUUGCUCAAAGAGAUUCAGGGGGAAAGAGGAAGGCAAGGAGGCUCUCUACAGGAAGCGCAAAGUCCUACACCUGGUGUCUCAGUGGAGCGGGCUCUACAGGGACUUCCUGCGGGAUGACGAGCAGGUCAAGCUCUUCAUGAAGACCCUGUACCGGGAUGCGCUGGACGACCUGUACGAGUAUCCCUCCCUGGAAAAGGAUCUGAAGGAGUUCCAGAAGCUUCUGCGCAUGCAUCGCAGACACACGGUGGAUGAGUACUCCCCACACAGAAAGAAUAAAGCUCUCUUCCACCAAUUGAGCCUGAAGGAGAACUGGCUCCAGCCCAGAGGGACACAGAGGGAGACCAGGGAAGUGUUCUGUCACGUGUACGUUACCAUGGACUCUUACCUGAGCGUGAGGACGCAGGUGACGGUGGUGGCCCAGGACCUGCUCCAUGCCGUGGCUGAGAGGCUGGAGUAUCCAGAGGAGGACAUGGUGCUGGUGGCAGUCACCUAUCCUGAAGCAGAAAAGCUCAUUCUUCAGCCCCAUGACAGUAUUUAUUCGGAGUCGAUGACUACACCAGGGAGACUGCUGGUGUGCCACAAAGAUCUGACUGAAAUAAUGAACCCAUUCACUGACAACGCAGAGCUACAGCAGAGACCAGUCAGAUUGCUCGGUAUGAACACGUGGGAUGUGGCCGUGGCUCUCACCAACUUUGACUGGAGUCUCUUCAACUCUAUACAUGAGCAAGAGCUGAUCUACCACACGUUCAGCCGUCAGGCAGGGGCUGGCCACACGGUGGCGCUGGACCUGCUGCUGCAGCGCUGUAAUGAGGUGCAGCUGUGGGUGAUGACAGAGGUGCUGCUGUGUGCCUCGCUGUGCAAGCGUGUCCAGCUCUUCAAGAAAUUCAUCAAGAUCGCUGCCCACUGUAAAGCCCAACGGAACUUGAAUUCGUUCUUUGCCAUCAUUAUGGGUCUCAACACCGCAGCAGUCAGUCGGCUUAACCAAACAUGGGAGAAAGUCCCGGGCAAAUUCAAGAAGCUUUUCUCAGAGCUCGACAUGCUAACAGACCCCUCCCUGAACCACAAAGCCUACAGGGAAGCCUUCAAGAAGAUGAAGCCCCCAAAAAUACCCUUCAUGCCCCUGCUUCUGAAAGACAUCACCUUCAUUCACGAGGGCAACAAAACCUUUCUUGAUAACCUGGUGAAUUUCGAGAAGCUGCACAUGAUCGCAGACUCCGUUCGGCUCAUCCGCUACUGUCAGACUGACCACAUGGGAAAUGAGGUGGCCCAGAAGGACAGCCAAGAUGUCAGGACCUAUGUUCAUCACCUUCAUAUCAUCGACAAUCAGCAGACUCUGUUUGAGCUGUCACACAGACUGGAGCCUCGGGCGUAGGGCACCAAGGACUGCUCCCACAAACCACCCCCUCGCCCCCAGCACUUUGCCAGGGUGACAAGCUCCCCUCCACACUAUGUUUGUAUGGCCCUACAACUGAGCAGAGACAAAACCAGCCAAGUUUCUGUGGGACUAUAUGAACAAACAACCCAGAGCUGGGCCUGAAUUGCCAACUGCUUGCACCAGCUCAGCCACCAGGGGGAGACAGCCACACAGCCAAACAUCAACGGAGUAAUUUGAAAUAACCAAAGGAGUGGGUGAAUUUACUUUCCAUUUAAGUGAAUAUAACUUCUUCAUUUUAAAAGGUUCACAGAUAAAUAGUCCACAUAAUACACAAAAACAUGGUGGAUUUACAAGCAUAGCUGUGCAAAGAACGGGUGUCCUUUGCCAACAGGAUUAUAUGUACAGCAUGCACACUUCACAAAAUUUUGGUGUGAGAAAUAACCUUGUGAUAAUGGAACUCAGCAGCUAUCGACUGUCAGGCUCUACAAUGUGAAAUGGUUUUCUGAAAUAGCAGUAUUAUUGAAACUAUUAAGCAUUUUUUUAAAAUAUGAUGGAUGAAUGUCUUCAGUUGAUCCAUAAAUUAAUAACCUCACUGUGUAGCUGAGAUUUAGAAUUUUGUGCAUGUUUAUUUGCACUGGUUACUUCUUUUCAUUGCUGUACACCGGUUUGUUACCAUUUCAUGUAUGUUUUUACUUCCUGCAGUUGCUGUCAGUUUCCAGUGCACUCUCCUGUCAUAUGAAGUCUGGUGAUAUUUCUGAAUUGCACAGAUAUUUUCAGUUGGAAAGAGUAUAUUGAUUCUCAUAUAUGUUACUUGCUUUGUAAUAUUUUUUUGUUGUAUAGUUUUGUUACAUUAUACUGUGUGUAUAUAUUUAUGUAUAUUUUGUGUUACAAAGCCAGCCAUAAAAUGUUGCCAUUUGUUAGUGCCAAACAAAAACAAAAUGAUGCAAUGUAAAUGCUCUAAUCACGCCUACCUUUUUGUUGUUUUCCCUCAAGUUGGAAAAAAAUGUUGAGUAGUAUAAUACACUUGCACAUGCCAACAAUGUCUUUAAAGCACCCACUAACGUAGUGAGAUGUGCAGAGGUAGGAUAGGUGUGUAUCCAUGGAAACCACUUCCCAAAGUAAAGUACAGCACUGACACUUGUCAUUGACCUUGGACAAUCAGAGAAGUACACUGAGGUAACAGCAUUUCUCACUAUAUCCUCAGUUUUUGGCAUUAUAAUGGAAUUAGCAAUAGUAGCACCAUGAAAAUACAUGGUGGUAGUUGAGUUUUACAUAUUGAGAAAAUUGCUUUUUUUCAGAUCAAGUUUAGAUGGCGUCAACAGCCAUUGUAAUUUUGAAACAUGGUACUAAAAUAGACGUCCCAUACUACAAAUCCAUCAUUGCUGUUAUCAGAUUUAUUCAUUUUUUGACUGAAUUAUCCCUUUGCUUUUAUGUAGUAUGUUCAUAAUCAAGGCAUUCUAUUUCCAUUCAUCUUUUCAUGCCCAGGCAACUCAUUGCUUUUAAAUGAAAAACAGAGAUUGCAGUGUUGUAUGUAACAUAACUAAGACAUUUGAAAAGCACUGGACCAUGUUAUAUCUGUUUCAGCAGAAAAGUGUUUGAGUAGAUUUUCAAUGAGUUUUCUAGGAAUCUGUAAACAUGUCCCUCUAUUUGUUUGGCAGAUGGAAAAAUUAAGAAUUAUUUAUUGGAUUACAAUUAUUUAUUUGUGUUUCAGAUCAGGGCAAGGGUUUGUUGGUCUGGUGGAAACGGAAACUCGCGCUGCGAAAUUAAUGAUGGCGAUAGAGGUUCUGUUUUAAAGUUGAGAUGGUCUGCAUGACAUGGGACAACCAUGGAGUGACCACAGAGACAAAUGUGCAUGGAUAUUGUGUCCUCACGGGUAAUAUUCAAACUGUAAAUAUGCUUAAAAUGUGUCAGUUGCUUCUGUUCUAAUUUGUAAUUUUUAAAAAAUGAAAGCACCAUAAAGCAAUAUGUCCAUUGUGUCUAUGUUUCUCUGGCUCCCAACCCACGCUUACUUUAUAAUUAUCAGAGUUUUUACAGUUAUUCCAAAAUGUAAAAAUAAAACGUUUUAUGUAACAUUAA